UCCCACGCCCGUGCGUUCCAACUUCAAGCUCGCUGCGCCCUGCCCGCGGGCCGCCAGGGGGUGUGUAGCCCUUAGCCUUGGCCGCGAACCCGACUCUCCUCCGCGUGAAGCUGCUCGGCCCCGAGUGGGCGGCGUCGGGAAACCUAGCUGCACCGUCCGUGGGCGUGGGCGGACGGCGCGCAGUCGAUUCCGGUGCAUUCUGCAGCGCUGAGCCCCACGGGGGACGGGCAUCACCUCGCCCUGGAGUCAGCCCGGGUCAAACUAGGGACCGGGCGCCCGGGUGGCGGACUUCGCAGGGCAGGACGCACAGAUAGUAAAAUGGCCACUCUACUUUCAGUCUGACUGCUCUCCUUGGCAGGAAAGGGAGAUGGUGGAGUAUGAAUUCUCUUUCCAUCCCAGCACAGGGCCUGAUCAGUCCUGGAGCCUAGGACGUUCAGCUACCACCUUUGUGUCCUCACUUUGCCGGAAACAGACAUGUCGGGGUCCACAUUCAUGCAGACCAGGACCACUGCCUUUUCCUCCAACUGUGUCCCUCUGCUGGGGAAGUCACUUUGAUCCAUGUGGUCCAUCCUUGAGGUUCACGUCCCACAAGUCCCCUCAGCAUGUCAUCAGCAAAAUCCCAAGCCCCGGAGGAGACAGUGCCUGGCUGCGAAGAGGAGCUGAGAGGAAAGUCACUUCUCACUUGGGGCCCCCUUUUUGGUCACCGGAGUGAGAAGAUUGUCUUUACCAAAGGUGAUGGAAGUCCAGAGGAGAGCCUGCUCACCGUCACCAUCACGGAGACCACUGUCAUUGAGUCGGACUUGGGUGUGUGGAGCUCAAGGGCUCUCAUCUACCUCACGCUGUGGUUCUUCUUCAGCUUUUGUACACUGUUCCUCAACAAGUACAUCCUGUCGCUGUUAGAGGGAGAGCCCAGCAUGCUAGGUGCUGUGCAGAUGCUGUCUACGACAUUAAUUGGAUGCGUUAAAAUAUUUGUUCCUUGCUGUUUGUAUCAACACAAAACCCGGCUCUCUUACCCACCCAAUUUCAUCAUGACCAUGCUCUUCGUGGGCCUCAUGAGGUUUGCCACGGUGGUUUUGGGACUGGUCAGCCUGAAGAAUGUGGCAGUGUCCUUCGCUGAGACUGUGAAGAGCUCAGCUCCCAUUUUCACUGUGAUCAUGUCUCGGAUGAUUCUGGGGGAGUACACAGGGCUGCUGGUCAACCUGUCCCUUAUCCCAGUCAUGGGAGGACUGGCACUGUGCACAGCCACUGAGAUAAGCUUCAACAUCCUGGGAUUUUCAGCUGCGUUAUCCACCAACAUUAUGGAUUGUUUGCAGAAUGUUUUUUCAAAAAAGCUUCUCAGUGGGGACAAAUACAGGUUCUCGGCCCCGGAGCUGCAGUUUUACACCAGUGCUGCUGCUGUGGCCUUGCUGAUCCCAGCGUGGGCCUUCUUCAUGGAUGUCCCUGUGAUUGGCAGGAGUGGGAGGAGCUUCAGCCUCAGCCAGGACAUCGUGCUGCUGCUGCUGACAGAUGGCGCCUUGUUUCACCUUCAGAGUGUCACCGCAUACGCCCUCAUGGGAAAGAUCUCCCCUGUGACUUUCAGUGUCGCCAGCACCGUGAAGCACGCCUUGUCUAUCUGGCUCAGCAUCAUCGUUUUUGGCAAUAAAAUCACCAGCCUGUCUGCCAUUGGCACCAUCCUUGUCACAGUGGGCGUCUUGCUCUACAACAAGGCCAGGCAGUAUCAGCAGGAGACCAUGCAGAAUCUGGCCACAGCCAGUAGCCGGGGCUCAGAGGAUGACACAGAACUUCUGGUUCCCCAGGACUCAAGACAGCACCACUGAGCUCCUUUUGAUGCCGUGACCCCUGGAAACCAAGCCUAGACUGUCCUCCUGCACUGUAUGCUGGAAGAGAGAGGCAGACUCUGAAGGCAGGUCUUUUGUUCCUUGCUGGACACCAGAUGGGGAGUUUGGGGAUCAGCUUCUGCCUGACAGAGCCCUGCAGGAGGGAGCAAAUGGCCUGCAGCUAGCCGGGCACACUGUCCAGCCUGCAGUUGCGCCAGUGACUCGGUGGGGCCAACUGUGGAAUGAGCACAGGUUCCAACACCAACAGGAGUUGCUGUCUGCUUGAUGCCGUCCAGGAGACCUCAACUUUCCUAUGACCACCACCGCUACAGGCACCAAAGCCUCCUAGUUCCUGACAGACAAGAAACAGAAAUUCCAGAUGCCAGUGACUCUAGCAAAGAGCCACAAAACCCUGGGGAUGCAGAGUGACUGACAACAGAGACGAGUGUCUUCUUCCACGGAGGAGUAGAGCUUCUGUGAAGAGAAAGUCUCCCCUUUUUGACCUGUGCUACCCUGAGCUACCCCAUUCCAGGUUUGCUGUCCUGUGUUUCUGCUACCUAUUUGGUGAUUUCUCCAACUCGGGCAAAUCUCUAAUCAGAACAGGUCCCCCUGGAGUUCUUCUCUGUCCUGGGUAUACUGCAUGUGAAGCAGGCAUAGUUGACCACCCUGCCAGAUUCCCCUUCGGGAUGAUGAUAGAGAAGUUUGGCAGAGCCUCUGAGUGUUUGCAGGUUAUGCUUCAUGUGCAGUGACUCAUUUUAGCAAAGCUCCUGGAGUGUCUGCAUGUAAGGUGAAUCCAAGUCUACACACACAGCUGGCUCUUCCCAGGGAUCAUAUGUGACACUUCCUGAGCCACCAGGUGCCCAGAGUCUGUCCCUCCUCCCAGGGUCACUGGUGUCGGAGCUCAAAAUGCCUGAGCAGUGAAGGACCAUAGUGGGGGCUUGGGCAUGAGAUGCUGAGGUUUUACUUAUUCAUCAGUUUGUGGGUUCUGAUGUGGGGUGCAGUCCAUGGCCAGCCAGUCUUUAAGACUCUUCUCCAGUAACCCAAACUCCGAGACUUACAAGCUUUAGCCACCGGCACUUUCGGUUCCAAGUCUCACUUUCCCUGCUGUCCAUCUUCAGGGCCCAUGCUGGUUCAUUGAUUUCCAAGUUGGCUCCUUGCCUGGAAAAUAUGAAAAUAGCCCCUCAAAGAGACAGAUUGAUUUGAAAAAGAGCAAUAAUUAUGUCUUAAGUUUUAUGUACUUGAAAAAGUCUGCUGUGAUGAUGUAUCAAAAUGAGGCCUUUUAAUCUAUAAUCCACCUUUUCAGAGAAGCUGGCUUGUGUUCUGGACACAGGCUAGGUGUGUCUUCCCUGUGCUGAGGUCACCUCCACUACGAAGGGUUCUCUCAUUUGACUUUCCCCAGGUUUCUACUUCCAGUGGAGGGCAGAUGAUGGAUAUUGGGUUAAUCUGUACAUUAGGCCUCUCUCCUCAAGAACCUGGCUGUGGAGCUGCUGACACACACAGGACACAUGUUUGGGCAGUGGUUGGACAAUCCCUCUGGCCUUCUUACAGAUCAGAGCCCCAAAUGCCCAGCUUCUGAGUAGCAUUUGGAAUUUCUGUCUCUGUGUCCCAUGUGGAAUUAGGAAAUGGCCCAUCGUAACUUGUUCUGUCUACUCCUCCACUUCACCAACCUUUCCGCCUGUUUUGUUUCUAAGUUUGUGUACUAGAAACAAAAACAAAGAUUUUCUUAAAACAACUUCUUAAAAAGCUGCUUUUGAGACAGGAAGACUUUGGCAUCUUGUGCUAGAGGCAGCACCACGGGGCCUGUCCGGCUUUACGUUCCAUGCACAUCCUUGCUACACAGCCACCUCUUCCGGCCAUUUGUUAUGACCAUACCAUCACAAUAUUUUUUUAUUAACGUUGUCAGUACUUUUAUAUCAUACUGUGUUUUCCAAGAAUUGUUGCUGAUGUACAUGUAGAAAUAUCUUGGAUUAAUUUUUCCUAAGUCCAUGUCUUUGUCUGGUCUGUUGUAACAGAACACCGGAUGGACAUUCUGAGCCAGCCAUCUGCUUCCUCACUACACACAUGGUUAAGAGAUACACAGAUUUCUAAUUUCAGAACGCUUCUAGGGGCUGUAGAGAAGACUUGGUGGUGAAGAACAAGUAGUGCUCUUGCUGAGGACCCAUGCUCAGUUUCCAGAACUCGUGUAGGGGGUCUCACAACUGCCUGUAACUCCAGCUCUAGGGAUUCUGAUUCCUCUAGCUUCUGUGGGCAUCUGCACUCACACACACAUACAUACACGUAUGCACGCACACAUGAUUUUAAAAUGAGUACAUUAGCCGGGCGGUGGUGGCGCACGCCUUUAAUCCCAGCACUUGGGAGGCAGAGGCAGGCGGAUCUCUGUGAGUUCGAGACCAGCCUGGUCUACAGAGCUAGUUCCAGGACAGGCUCCAAAACCAUAGAGAAACCCUGUCUCGAAAAACCAAAAAAAAAAUAAAUAAAUAAAAAAAAUAAAAUGAGUACAUUAAAAAAGACUCCCAUGACUUUGGGGUGUGAUACAUUGGUGUCAUUUAUAUUGUGAGACCAGCACACAUGGGAUAGAGGGAGAUGAGACCCCAAAACUUCCACCACAGUAGAUGGUUUUUGUUUAAAGUUGGGCAUGGUAGCACUUACCUAUAAUCAUAGUCCUGUGGAGGCAUUAGGCUAUAUAGUUAUUCCAAGACCAACUUGGGCUACAUAUUAGGAUCCUAUUCAAAAAAAAAAAACUUAAAAAUUUUUUUCUGAUCUUUGUAAUUUCUUACAUACCAGCAUUAUAAUCUGUCUGCCCAGAAAGUCGAGAGUACUCUUGUGCAAUCCAAAAUAUGUUUCUAAUUUGAGAAAAAUAAAAAUGAUGAAUCAGAGGAAAGAGAAUAAACACGCACAAGGGAAUCAGUCACGUAAACUGUGCUUGCUGCCCUUAGACCACUACAGAACAAGUAGCUGUGACCCAGCUCCUUCCGUGGUUACUUCACAUCUGUCCAAGUGAAGUCUCCUGCAAGCAUUUUAUUUCCUAACACUGGAAAGGAGUAAACAAAGAUGAUACUAACAGUGGAAAACCAUGUUCUCUUUCCCUUGAGUCCCUACAUAAGCCAUACUGUCCUUGAGAUCUGCAGCCUUCUUCAGUCUUCCUCCUCCUUCUCUGUAGCUUUGGAGCCUGUCCUGGAACUCACUCUGUAGACCAGGCUGGCCUCAAAUUCACAGAGAUCCUCCUGCCUCUGCCUCAGGAGUGCUGGGAUUAAAGCCGUGCGCUGCUACCACUGCCCGGCUCCUUCAGUCUUCUUCGUCCUGAGAUUGCAAGCAGGUGUCACCAGCUUUUUUCAAUUCUCUUCUAUUUUUUUCCCCUCAACAAAGAAAUAUAUGGCCUACCUAUGGGGAGGCCUUUUCAUCUCUUCAUUUUCCUCUUUUCUCUCUCUUUUGUGCUAGGGCUAGAGCUUAGGGCUUCGGGAAUGCUAGGCUGUUGCUCUUCUCUGAGCUAUACCCCCCCCCCAACUGUUUUCUUAGUUUAUAAAUGUCUUGACUCGCUCCAUGAACUAGAACCUUAACAUCAUGCUAAAUGUGGACAGACAGUUCCAACCACAAUUCAGAGUGUAGUAGAUUUUAACUUUGGUGUCUCCUAAGAAUGUUUUCCAGUUUCCUUGGGGACUCUGAUUCUGAGUUAGGUGACUUAGACUCUUGCUCACAUGUCCAAGUUGAGUUUGAAACCAAUCCAGUUGGCAAGUGUGUGUGUGUGGUUUUUUUGUUUGUUUCCAUUGUCUUUAGUUUCCAUUUCUGGGACUCAAACUGCAUUAAAUUAAUUUCUAUUGUUUAGACUUGGAGAUAACUGUGAAUUUGUAUUUGUUCAAGCAGUAUUGGCACUUUGGAAAAGUCCACAGUUUAAGGUUGUAAGUCCCACAUCAAAAAAAAAAAAAAAAAAAAAAAAGAAGCAGCAAGCCGGGUGGUGAUGACUUUAAUCCCAGUACUCGGUAGGCAGAGGCAGGUGAAUCUCUUUUAGUUUGAGACCAGCCUGGUCUGCAAGAGCUAAUCCAGGACAGGCACCAAAGCUACAGAGAAACCCUGUCUCAAAACCACCACUCCCCUUAAAAAAAAAAACCUUGAUAGUAUAUUGGUAAUUGUCUACAACAAAGCCAAGUCAUAUUUGUUUUGCACCAAACAAUACUAGAGAACUAAGAUGCAUCAUAAAAUGUAUAAUGUUUUAUAUUUUACCUAUUUCAGUAUUUCAGUGAUUAGAUUAAUGCCUAGAAUUCUGUAAAGUAAUUCAGUGAGUUAUGCAAUAAAUGGGUAUUGUGAGUCAUGUAAUAAAUGGGUAUUGUGAAAACCUCCUCAUCUCAUUUCUUUUCAAGCCGCCAAUUUUCUUGUGAAAGAAAAUAAAUGUGAAAUAUGUAAUUGUUUUGUGUAA